AUGCAACCAAACUGUCACAUAACCAUCACCAGUGAAUUCUAUGGCAACAGCAUUCCUAAGGUUUCCACUGGCUUGUACUUGAGGAAGAAACCGAAGCAAUUCGAUUUGGAUCAUCUUCGAGUGUGCUCAGUAAAUGGCGACAAUGAUGAUUUUGAAGAGGUUGAGGAGAUAUGGAAUUUCAGGAAUAUUGUCUUAUGGAUUGCUAAAUACUGCAUACUAUCUUACUACAUUUCUUUUGGUGUGACCUCGACUGAACUAGCUACUGAAGCAAAUAAACCUUUUGCAUUAGCACAAGAGGUUGAAGCACCUGGAAGAAUGGGUUAUUUUGCAGCUGUUAAAAGGUUUCUCAAAGUAAUGGCCAUGGUGUGGGCUGGAAGCCAAGUUACUAAGCUUCUCAGAGCCGGAGGGGCUCUAGCACUUGCACCUUUUGUCGACAAGGGAUUAUCGUGGUUCACUGUUAAGUUUAAGUUUGAGUCACAAGGGAAGGCUUUCAUGGCGGUUGUUGGCUUUUGUUUUGGGUUGGCUCUCCUGCUAUUUUUUGUCGUGACAUUGAUUUGGGCGUAAAGUUCAUUUUCCACUCCGCUUGGUGCAGCUAAUAUGUUGAUUAUCAGUUUUUUUCCAGGCUUUUUUUUUUUUUUGAGAUUUGGUUAGUUGUAUCUGAUGAUUUAUUCAUCAUUUGUACAUCAUAUACUAAAGGCCAAGUAGAUUUAACUGAAUGCAUUUUGUAAGGUGGUUGAGUUGUUUAAGUCUUUUGCCAGUCGUAGUAGAGCUAGAAUGAAAUUUUGCCCCCCCUCUCUCUGUGGAUAGUUGUAUUGUCUCAUGGAGUCCUAUUUGUUGGUGACUUAAAGAACAUCUCAUAUCACGGGGUGGAAAGGAACUCCAGAGUAUUUGAAGAUAGAUAUAAUGUGGUGCAAGGCUCAGGGGAUUGAAUAUAUUUUAUCUUUUUGGACUUUUUUGGUCAUCAAGAAUUGAGG